AUGAUAAUUAAUACGAUGAAAGAUAUGUUGUUUUCUGUUUGUUUUAUUCUUAUAUUUUUAUUUGGAUUUUCUAUUACGUCAUGGUCACUCAUUACAACAACAGCUCAAGUUAAUUGGACCUAUACGGACGAUGGAAAAUUAUACAAUGCUACGGUUGUUAAUGACGGACGUGGAUUAUGGACAUGGCAAUAUUUACGUGAUGUAACAAAUUAUGGAAUAUGGAAAGUGUUUGGUCAAAUUGAUUCCAUCGAUGGUAAUGACGCUUAUAGUGCUGUUGCAUGGAUAUUGGUAAUUAUUUCUGUUGCUGUAUCAAGUGUUCUAUUGUUAAAUGUUGUAAUUGCAUUAUUCAAUGUGACAAUUCAACAAGUAGAAGAAGAAUCACAUAAUCUUUGGCGAUACCAACGAUUUUUACUUGUUAACAAGGUUAGAUGGUUUUUACCACUAACCAAUCGCUUCGAAAUUUUUCUUGUUCUAAUUACUGAUUCUAUGCAAUGUGAAAGUGCCAUAGUAGAAGACUUCCGUGCUUAUUCCGAGAGUCCGAAAUUAUGUGAAACCACUCCGCAUCCGGCUCAAAAGCAGCUGAAGCAAAUCAGAGGCCUUGUAGUCGAUUACCCGAUUUAUUUUCGAGAUGAAGAUGAUAAUUAUUUACCCACGAUAGGAAUCAAAGAAGGACGUGUGCCACUCAUUGUUUGGGCUUGA